AUGAUGGAGGAAGAGGAGCGAUUACUACUGCAAGAAGAGCAAGGGAAGUACAGGGCCUUGGUGGAGUCCUGUUUGCAUUCUCCCUACUACCGCCCUAGCGACUUUCAAAGCCUGAGCAUCAAUGGGAAACCGAAACUGAUUGUUGCAUCGUGGCUGGACGAGGGAGGAAAGGCGGCGGGUUCGGCACUCUCACGCUUCGUUCUGGGAACCGAAUACCUUGCAGGGACCACUGAGUUGGCCAUUUCUGAGCUCUAUGCGCCGUAUUUGGAUGGUGUGUUCUAUUGGGUGGCAACAGGAAGGCUGGUUGGGCUGGAACAAUGUGCACAGUAUACGGCCUCCUCUCUCCGAACCCACAUGCUUCAGUUGUAUGCCAUUGCUGACUAUUUUGGGCUAACACUUCUGACCAAGAUCAUUGUGAAUCGUUGGUGGCCAACAAGAGCAGGAUAUGGCCGAACUCUAAGCACAGCCAACAGCGGUGUUGUGACGUUGUUGCUUCCAUCCGAGCGUGGCAGCUUUGGAUUCAUCAAAGACAACCAAACCAAUGAAGAGGUGUGGUUUUCACUGGACACAUCCUCAGAGAUCAACUCAGUCCUGAGCAAUAUACAAGGCUUGGAAAUCUUUUCAGAGUGUCGGUUUGACAUUCGAGAGAUGGCGCCAUGCAAAAGAGGGAAACAGCCUAAAUGCUGGCAAACAGACGCAAAGGCAAUCAACAUCCAUGUUCUGGCGAAGUAG